AUGCGUCGGCUUGGGAGUUUGUCUUUUACUGGAUGUCGGCUUCCCUCUCCUUGCCGCCACCUCUGCUCCCAGGUGAAUUCCUUCUCCUUCUCCUUCUCCUCCUUCUCUUUCUUCUCCUUCUCCUUCUCCUCCUUCUCUUUCUUCUCCUUCUCCUUCUUCUCCUUCUCUUUCUUCUCCUUCUCCUUCUUCUCCUUCUCUUUCUUCUCUUUCUUCUCCUUCUCCUUCUUCUCCUUCUCCUUCUUCUCCUUCUCCUUCUUCUCCUUCUUUUUCUUCUCCUUCUCCUUCUUCUCCUUCUUUUUCUUCUCCUUCUCCUUCUUCUCCUUCUAUUUCUUCUCCUUCUCCUUCUUCUUUUCCCACUUCUCCUUCUCCUCCUUCCCGCCGCACAUCUCCUGCCUAUCCUUCCACCCCUCGUCCUUCUCCGCCCCUCGCCUCGCUGCUGCUACCUCCACGGGCUUGCUCGCAGUCUACUCCUCCUCUGCACAGCACAUCUCAUCCGUGCAUGACCUCUCUCCAGUGCUAGAGUGCUGCGUGGGAAGGAACGGGGUGGAGGGAAUGGCAUGGGGGCUAGAUAGAACGGCAGGGCAGGUGAGCGGAGAGGAGUAG